GCAAUAUCGAUUUCAAUUGGAUCCGCCGCGCUGAAUCCCGGAAAUUAAUACCGGACCUGCUUCAUGAUGGAUCCUUGCCCUGCGAGAACCGUUGCGAGACAAGUAAUCUCCGACUGAUCGGCCCGUUGCCUGCUAGUUAAUGUAAUGUAACCCAUUGCUGAUCGGUUCACGGCUUUAUCUACAUUGUGUCCAGGUCGCGCUAUAAAAGCAGCAGAAGUUCUCACACUGAAUGAGGCAGCCAACAAACGCCUACGAUUAUUUCCUGUUUCCUAGAAGCCAUCUUCAUCAUGCGGAACAGCUUCCUUUUCUCCCUCAAUGCCAUUGCAGGCGCUGUCGCGCAUCCGUCGUUCCCUGUCCACAAGAGGCAGUCGGAUGUCAACGCCUUCAUUGAGAAACAGACCCCCAUUGCCAAACAGGGCGUCCUCAAUAAUAUCGGUGCCGACGGCAAGCUUGUUGAGGGGGCUGCCGCGGGUAUCGUUGUGGCCUCCCCAUCCAAAAGUGAUCCUGACUACUUCUAUACCUGGACGCGUGAUGCUGGCCUGACUAUGGCAGAAGUGAUAGAGCAGUUUAUUGGGGGAGAUGCGACUCUCGAGUCGACGGUCCAGAAUUAUGUUGACUCUCAAGCGAAGCAGCAGGCAGUCUCCAACCCAUCAGGCAGUCUGUCGGAUGGCUCGGGUCUUGCUGAGCCCAAGUUUUACGUCAAUAUCUCUCAAUUCACUGAUUCUUGGGGUCGACCCCAGCGUGAUGGACCAGCUUUACGUGCUUCCGCUUUGAUCGCAUAUGGCAACUCCCUACUCGCCAACGACAAACAAUCUGUUGUCAAAGCCAACCUCUGGCCAAUUGUCCAGAAUGAUUUGUCUUACGUAGGUCAAUACUGGAACCAGACCGGGUUUGAUCUUUGGGAAGAGGUCCAGGGCAGCUCCUUCUUUACCGUUGCUGUGCAGCACAAGGCCUUGGUGGAGGGCGACGCGUUUGCGAAGGCUCUCGGAGAGGAAUGUCAGGCGUGCUCCGUGGCGCCGCAAAUCCUCUGUCAUCUUCAGGACUUCUGGAAUGGGUCCGCUGUUCUUUCUAAUCUACCUACCAAUGGGCGCAGUGGACUGGAUACCAACUCACUUUUGGGCUCCAUCCAUACUUUUGACCCAGCUGCUGCUUGUGAUGAUACCACAUUCCAACCCUGCUCCUCUCGCGCUCUGUCGAACCAUAAGCUUGUGGUUGACUCUUUCCGGUCGGUCUACGGUAUCAACAAUGGACGUGGAGCCGGAAAGGCCGCGGCAGUAGGCCGUUACGCAGAGGACAACUACCAGGGAGGCAAUCCAUGGUAUCUUACUACCCUGGUUGCUGCGGAAUUGCUCUACGACGCCUUGUAUCAGUGGGACAAGCAAGGCCAGGUGAACGUCACCGAAACUUCCCUUCCCUUCUUCAAGGAUCUCUCCGGCAAUGUCACCACCGGAUCCUAUGCCAAGUCUUCCUCAGCCUACGAGUCCCUUACAAGCGCUGUCAAGGCCUACGCAGACGGCUUCAUCUCCGUUGUCCAGGAGUAUACUCCCGAUGGCGGUGCUAUGGCCGAGCAGUACAGCCGGGACCAGGGCACCCCGGUUUCGGCGUCCGAUCUGACUUGGUCAUAUGCAGCGUUCUUGAGUGCUGUUGGAAGGCGAAGUGGCACUGUCCCUGCUAGUUGGGGCUCUUCCACGGCCAAUGCGGUUCCCAGCCAAUGUUCGGGGGGUACGGUUUCUGGGAGUUACACUACCCCGACUGUUGGGUCGUGGUAG